UGUCUUAUUUGGCUGACAUCCAUAGCAAGAGAAUCGAAUAGUGGCGGCGGUCAAUCUACACUUCCAGCGCAACGGAUCACCAAGUAUCAAAGCAGUGGAGUUGCUCCCAAAUAAUUUCUUCUUUCUAGCGGACGGAUUGGGAAAUAAGCUGUUGUCUAUGGGCAAUUUCUUGACUCAACGUGGAACCAUGAAGAUGAGCACCUCCGCGGCGAACACUAGGCCUCUACUCUUCAUGGAUGAGUUCUUCUAGUAUUUAAACCUUCGAGUAAGGCCAGUCUGGAUGGUAUCGACGACAAGACACUUCGACAAGACACUUCGACAAGACACUUCGACAAGACUAAAGCAUACUAGAACACCCUCAUCUCAUCAUCAGUUACAAGCCUCACCAUCAACAUUUAGAGUAAUUUCAUUCAACCUCGCAAAAUGUCUUCGAGCGAGCACACAGUCAUUUCCCCUGCCAUUCUCUACUGGGGCACACCAGUAGUCUUAAUCUCAUCCGAGAACGAAGACGGAACAACUAACAUCGCACCUAUGUCCUCAGCAUGGUGGCUAGGCCACGCUUGCAUGCUAGGCCUAGGCGCGGAAUCCAAAACAACGCAAAACAUCCUACGCACAAACGCCUGCGUCCUAAACCUCGCAAGCGACACCAUGGGUCCGCAAGUCAACCAGCUAGCCCGCACCACAGGCAGCAACCCCGUUUCCGAGUUCAAGAGCGCAGCUGGAUACGAGUUCGUCAAAGACAAGUGGACGCGUGCAGGGUUGCAUCCGCAGGCCUCGGAUUUUGUUACUCCGGACCGAAUCGCCGAAUGUCCGGUGCAGAUGGAGUGUCAGGUGGUCUCAGUCAACGGACUCCGAAAAGACUUGCCUGAUCGUGCCGGACUUGCGCUCGCGAUUGAAGUCCGAAUUCUGCGGAUUCACAUUAUGAAACAUUUACGGGUGGAAGGAUAUCCUAACAGGGUUGAUCCCGAUAAAUGGCGGCCGCUCAUUAUGUCGUUCCAGGAGCUUUAUGGUCUGAAGGGUGGAAAGGUGGUUCCAAGCGUCUUGGGCGAGAUUAAUGAGGAGAAUUACCGGGCGUUCACUAAGAGCGAUGUGCUGAAGUUUCCUGGGGAUGAUGAUGAUCAGAUGGUGGUCAAGAAUGACGCAUAACUUUUCAUAUUUUGGCGACAGGAUACUCUCACGGAUUGUUUUAGGGUGUGAAUAGCUCACUUCUAUAACUGUUUUUAGACAUAUGAAUAGACGCU